CGCAGAAAUACGUGGGGCUUGUGCAUUUUAUCGGUUUAAAAUUGGCCACAGAAACCCACGCUGCUUGCGAUGCGGAGAGACAGCCGCCGCCGAGACGAGCCGCGCCGCCGGAGCCGCAGUCGGCCACGCCGGUACCAUGACCACCACCGCGAGCGACGUAGCAGCCGUGACUACGGAGAUCGUCGGCGCGAUGCACGAAGCCGUGAUCGCGACUAUGAUGACCGUCGGCGCGACCACCACCGCAGCCGCAGCCGUGGCCGCCACGCGGACCAGAACCGCCACACAAACUACUCGCGCCGACAAGAGCGACGAUCGAACUACAGCCCGCGCCGUAGCCGAAGCCACUCGUCGUCGCGCAUGACGCAUCGCCACUCGCGAAGGAUGCCAAAGGGUGGGCGCAGCGCGAGCACGGACCACGGCCACGAAGGCGUGUGCCGCAGCGACAGUCGCGCGUACAAGGAGAAGAAGCGAAACAUGAGUGACGACAGCGCGAGCCAUGACGACACGAUCGGCAGCUACGAAGGCAAGCCGGGCGACUGCAUCGACAACCGGUACAAGAUCAUCAAGGACGCCGGCCUUGGCACUUUUGGCCGCGUCGUGCUCUGCCGGGACCUCGACCGCAACGACGAAAUCGUUGCGCUCAAGGUCGUGCGCAAGGUCGAGCGAUACUCGGACUCGGCCAAGAUUGAGGCUGCAAUCCUCAAGGACGUCAACGAGCGCGACACGAAGAACGCGUCGCUCUGCGUCAAGAUGCACCGAUGGUUUGAGUUUCGCGGUCAUGUGGUCCUCGUCUUUGAGACGCUCGGGGGCUCGCUCUACGACUACCUCAAGAAGCACGAGUACAAGCCAUUUCCAGUUGCCUCUGUGCGCGCGUACGCCUGGCAGCUCCUCACGUCCUUGUCGUACCUCGAGAGCAUCUCGCUCAUCCAUACCGAUCUCAAGCCCGAAAACAUCUUGCUCUGCGACGACACCGAAGACCCCGCGUUGGCGCCCAUGUCGCCCCGGUCGCGCCGCAACCGCCGCUGUAUUGUGCCGCCGGCGUCGGACCGCGUCAAGCUGAUCGACUUUGGUGGCGCGACGUACCAAGACGAAGCCCGCAGCGGCAUCAUCAACACGCGCCAGUACCGAUCGCCUGAAGUCAUGCUGGGCCUCGGGUGGAGCUACCCCUCGGACAUUUGGUCCGCGGGCUGCAUCAUUGCCGAGCUCUACUUGGGCGAACUGCUCUUCUCGACGCAUGAGAACCUCGAGCACUUGGCGCUCAUCGAGCGCUGCAUUGCGCCGUUCCCCAAGGAGAUGGUCGAGCGCGCCGACAAGCAAGCCAAAAAGUACUUUACGUCGACGAGCCAGACGCUGCGCUGGCCCGAGAACGCGGCCUCGCAAGAGAGCAUCGACCACGUCCGGAAGAUGCGGCCGCUGCGCGAGAUCAUUGCGCCCGAAGACAAGGGCCUCCUCUCGCUCCUCGAAGGCAUGCUCACGAUGGACCCGGCGCGCCGGCUCUCGGCGCGCGACGCGCUCCGCCACGACUUCUUCACGGGCAUUUCGCUCGACAAUUUACAUGCGUAAAAUGCUGCUUAUAAAGAAUUCGUCUUCCCA